GGAGACCUUGACGCCGUUAAAACACACUUCCAAGUUUCCUCCUCACAUUUUGUCGUCUUUCUCCUUGCAUUCCCUCAGCUACAUAUAAGUACGAGCUCCGCCGUAUGUGGUGGUGCAGGAAAUCAUUAGCACGAAAAGAAGAAAUUCAGGGAGGAGAUAAGAGAAGGAAGCUCGAUUGCACUUGUUCGAUUGGAAAUGGCAAAGAUUCCGAUGAGAUUCAAGAGGAUAACGGAGGCGUUCGACGAUGAUGCUAGGGCAAGGUUAUGCCAGAGCAGUGGAAGCGAGCAUUCCGCAAACUCGGUGACGGAUCUUUCAGAUCUAGUUGAUUCGUUCUUUGAGGGAGACGCCGGUGGUCGAGGUAAGUCGUGCGGGGAAAACAAGGUUAGAGAUCGUGAUCAGGAAGAGACGAAGUAUCAGGAGGCGGAGAGUUUUUAUGGUACGGAUUCGGAGACGAAGGAAAUGCUGAUCGAUCUGAUCGAUGAUGAUGCGGAAAACGAAGAUGAUCGUUCGAAGUGUGCGAUCCGUUCCGAGGUAGAAACAGUGUGCCGGAAUUUGGAAAAUUCUUCAUCCGAGGGCUUUAAGCGGCAUCUAAUGACUCUACUUCGACAGCGAGGGUUUGAUGCUGGCCUCUGCAAGUCCCGUUGGGAAAAAACCGGACGGCAUCCCGCCGGAGAAUACGAAUACAUUGACGUUCUAAAUUCCGGCAAACGUUACAUUGUGGAAGUAUCAUUCGGAGGUCAUUUCACAAUCGCACGACCGACCAAAACCUACAAAUCUCUGCUCGAAGUAAUACCUAACAUUGCAGUAAUUAAACCGAACAAGCUAAAGCAGGUGGUGAGGCUAAUGUGCGCUGCGAUGAGAACCUCUCUGAAGACGAGAGACAUGGAGGUUUCACCAUGGAGGAAAAACGGAUACAUGCAGACCAAAUGGUUCGGAUCGUAUAAACGAACGACGAACGCUCUACCGACGAGAUCAACGGCGGUGUCUGCUUACGGCAACGGUGAGUUUAACGGACGGAGUUUUAAAAAUUUCGAGUGUUUUCCGGCGGCCGUUGAUGGUAAAAAUGACUGCCGGAAGGAGGUUGAGAGAAUGCAUGUGGUAGGUAACCUGAAGGCGUUGAUGUUCAGUGGCAUGUGAUUGUAAUUAUGAUGUAUAUCGGAGGGCAUAAUGGUAGAUGAGGUUUGAUGGUGGAAUAGUCAUCAUUUGUAGACAAUUUCGGAUAUUGUUAUCUUUUCAUAUAGCCGUUGACGUGACAAUGUGACAUUUUGAUGUUUAUCUU